AUGUCCUCUUCGGCCAUCUGCUAUCUUGUCAAGGUGGCCAUUGAACACGGACCGAGGCCGACCCAAGAGUUCGGCCAAUCCCCGCACUUGAAUUCCCCCUCUCGUUUCCAUGCCGCUGCGAAAUGGCGACAGUCUCGACGGCUAAGCUCCGGACUAGAACCGGCUGUCGGAAACGCCGCAAGAAGUGCGACGAGUCGCGCCCACGGUGCACUGGCUGCGCCCGGAAUGGCCUCCACUGUGAAUGGCCGUCUGGCAUGGAAGUCACAGAUGGACGUAGAACCCGACGACUUCAGAGCUCAGUUCAGCCAUCCUUAUAUCGUCCUUCACACUCAGGGCUGGGACUGUUUGAUAUAG